AACUGCUGUGGUGAAAUAAUUGGAUUUAGGAGUAGAUACGGUACAUAAUUUAAUUCAUUUUUUUUAUGUAGGUACAUUCAGAUUAUGUUGCUUGUAUUGAUUUCGUCUGUCAACAACUUCAGAGUGGUGGUGCGGUAGUAAUAGGUUCUGCGCGUAGUGUUAUUGUUUUGUUGAAAUAAUUGUGAAAUCUAACUAAACGGUGGUAUAUUAAACAUAAACUAUAACGUUUUUAUCAUUCAUAUUAAAUAUUAAUCGCUUUUUGUGUGGAAUAUGUCACUCUUCAACGAGGUGUUGUUUAAUAAGGGCCACUGCCUCCAUCGAAGUGGCUGUCAUUACGUGUCGCUGUUGUAAAUUAGACAGCGCUCGUUUAAGUAUAAGAAACACCGAGGAAAAGGCGCCACGUGUGGGCCUGCGUUCAACCGGGGGCGGGCGCUUAGCGCCGCCCCACACCUUCGUAUACACGCGGAUGAUAUUUUGACGAAGGAUGUCAGUCAUCAUGAUGUAGAGUUGGAUCCAAAUAUCAACCCUCCUGACCCAUAUUGGAUCAACGAAUACAUAGAUGUCUUUGACGCGGAUAAUAAGGAUCCGCUGACCCCGAUUGACGAACAAAACACGAUGAGCACGGUUGAUGAUGACGUAUCGCCUGGCAUAAAUGGAAGACUUCGGCCCCGAAAAUCUAAUGUCUCCAGCCCUAAACUGAAAUCACUCCGCAAAUCUGAAGCUAGAUCUGCCUCAGAAAAAGCUAAAUCUAUCACUACCCCACCUAAAACGUUGCUAAAUAUACCAGAUGAUCUCUCUAAUAAGUCUGAAUGUACUUCUGUUAUCGAUGUUCUAUGUCCUUAUUGUGAUAAAAAGUUUAUAUCUAAACAAGCAGUAUCAAAACAUACUCGCCGUACUCAUUUGACUACGAAGCACUGUACGCCGCUGCACUGCAUAUAUUGUAGUCAUAUUGAAGCCGAAGCUGUUGACAUCAUCCGGCACAUGAUUGACACUCAUUCCGAUGAGUACUUUGCUUGCCUCGAUUGUUAUGCUCGAUUUCCGACCACGACGGAAUUAACCGAACAUCAACUGAAUGAUUGCGAAAAAUUAAAGCUUUCGUAUAAAAACAAACUGCGUCAAAAGUUACCGAGAAAGAACCGAAAAGUUCGUAACGCAGUGGCUCAGAAAAGCUUGAGCGAUGAAAAUAGACGUGGUUUCAAUGGAGUUGUUAUAUCUUGUGAGUUGAAACCAGCGCACGGCCUCGACGAUAAUGAUAUUGAAGAUAAAAUAACUACAAAUCUAAUUUUGCCUUCAAAUAAAAAUCUGGUGAACACUAGAGUUAUCGACAAAAACGCUGUUAUAAUAUUGGAUGACUUACAGUGGAAUAAACGUAUACCGCACAACUUUUCAUUUCACAACACAGACGCUGAUCAAAUACUUUCACGAUUAGGAGUGGUGCAUAGGUCCCCUAGAACCGCAGAGUCGACGCGAAAGGAUUGGUUUAAAGCUAUUGACGAACCCACUCAGAAGUUUGAACGAUGUUUCGAUACUGGAUUUUAUUCUAGAGUUGCAAGCAAUGUUCAAGAGAAUCUAGCCAAAUUUCUUGAUGGCUCUUUCAAUUUCAAUCCGGAUCCAGACAAGACUAUUAAAACGAGAAAAGCAAAAAAUAGUGUCCCUAUCAACACCGUUGAAGGUUUCCCAAUACUGCUAGCUUGUGAACAAUAUUCUCGUAAUAUUUUUGAUGGGUACAUGCCCCGUGCGAUAGCCCCGAAGCAUAAAUGGAAGUGGGAGAGUACAGAAGAGAGGCACCUCCUGAAUCCAGAUCAAAUUAAACGCGAUAAUCAUGUUAACAAUUGUAUUGUCACGUUGGUGUCAAGUUUGGAUAUCUGGACGCAACUAUGCAUGAGACGCAAGUUUGAAGAAAAAUAUAAAUGCACACCUUUAGAGAAAAGUGUUGUCAAACAAAAUCUGAUUGGAUUAGAAUUAAAAGAGAUUCUUGAAAGCAGAGAGUUGCCGUCAUCAUCAUCAUCAUCAUCUAACAUUGUGCGAAAUUGCAAUCCAACAUCUUCAAGCCACGAUUCAUAUGGGUUUCCCGCGUCAUUAGGACUUUCACCUGCUGUUCCUAAAUACGAAGUCAAGCAAUCAGUUUUAAGUGGAGAAUGGGUGAGACCUCGAUGCUUUGUCUGCUGUGCGUGUGGUUUCCAGACAACUGAUUCUAGAGGAUUAACAUCUCACAUGUCAACAAAACAUCCAAAUGCUCAAGUUCAAUACUAUGAGAUAGUUGGAGAGCUUUUAUUAAAUUCUGAUAUACUCAAGCAUUUGUACGUGCCACCAAGUCAGAUCCAUAACAAGACGAGACCUUUACGUGGUUUUCGUGAAUGCACGAAAUGCAAUAAAUCUAUAACUCUUGAAGAUCUUCAUCAACAUAUGCUUGAUUGUGCUGGUGAUCUGCCGACAGUGCGAAGAAAAUGCCGGUAUCGACCGUUUGGUGUACGAAAGCGAAAGACUAGACUUCCUGAUGGUAGAAUAUGCAAAAAAAUACGUAAAAAUAUACACCGACAGGACAUACAUAGCAUUCGUAGACAAAGCGACAGACCAAGACCAAAGAUAAGAUCUGAAGUUGGUGAUGCUGAAACAAUCAGAAAAAUGUUAGCCGACUUACCUGCUAAGCGCCAUCGUGUUAUGGUGAAUACUCUAAAUCCAAUGUUACGGUCAGCAACUAAAAUAAAACAAAGAAACAAACUUGUGCUAAAACAACGAAAAGUUGAAGAAACAAAAACUACGAAUUACGAUCCAGGGAGUGCAUCACACGAAGAUGUGAAAAUAGUAAAUCAUACUAUGCAUGGAAUCAAAGAGCAAGAUAAAAACAGAAACUUCAAAACUAUGACACGAGUAAGGAGAAGAAUAUCCAAUUGUAAAGAUAUACUAACAAAACAUAAUCCUAACAGAUUACGAUCACGAAAGCUUGCUAGGUCAAAGGAAAUAUUGGAAAGUGUAUCACCUACAGAAAUCAAAGACGAUGAUCAACCAGCAAGUGUAAUUGUAUCUUCGAAUCAGUUUAAAAUCGAUCAGUUAGUUACAGAGGCUUCCUCCAGUAGGGUGAAUGUUAAUUCUGGCCCAAACAAUACAAGGGAGCAGUCAAACAGAUCCAAUGACAAUGGUUCCAAUAAUCGCGACAAUCAAAACCCAGAACAAAAUGAUAACAAUGGUAAUAAUCGCGAGCAAGGUGCGCCUAAUCAAAACAUACCAUUAAAACAUUCAAUUGCUAGACUAACGGCUGAUACAGAAACCCAGGAUAAAGCUGUACAAUUCCAUCAUCUGUUUUUAGUACAACAAGAGUGUAAUAACGUUACUCAACAUGAUCCAUCAGGCCAGCCAGUUCUAUUUGAGAAAAAGGCAGUAGCAACGAAACUAGACAAACCACCUUUGAGUGUCGAUACCAAGGAAGAUAAAAUGGAAAAACAUAACAAUAAAAACAAUAAACUAAAUAAUAAAUCACGUAAGGGCUUAAAUGAUUGCAUUGCCAUGCUAAAAAAUAAACUCGUUGAACCCUUAAAAUCUCCUGAAGUAUCUAUUCAGUGUGAAAUUGAAAAAUAUGAAAUGGAAUCAAUUUCUAAACAAAUGCCAGACUUAAGCGUGAAACAAAUAGACAAAACAAGUCAGUGUCUGGAUAAUACCAAGAAAUCUCCAUUGAAAUCUGUUAGUCCAAGUCUAAACAAAAAUAUCACCAAAGAUUCCAUGGUGACUGUAAUACCAAAUAAAAAAUUGGUGAGGAUUGAAAAUUCACAAGAACAAAAAAUAAAUACACCUAAGUUAACAGUGCAGCAAAUAACUGAAUCAUCAAAAUGCUCUUCAGUGGUUGACAAUAAGAAGCAAUUUAAAAAUGAUUUAACUGGGACAAAAUUGAGGAAUAAGAAGAAUAAAGUUUUGACAGCUGAUCAUGUUUCAGAUUUAAAUAAAAAUAACAUUACUUUGGCAAAGAUACAGAUACAUUCAGAUAAUAACAAUGUAUGUAAUGAUAUACAUAAUAAAUCACGGUAUAGAAACGACGCAAAUAAAGUAUAUUGCAGCCAGUUAAAUAUUAAAGAUCACCCAAAAAAAAUUAUUCCACCACAGCCAAGAGUUAUCUCUAAAGUUCAUGAAAAACAAGAAUUAAUAUUGAAUAGUAGUAGGUCUCAAGUCAUCACCACAACGAAAGUUUCUGAAAGUCUUCUAUUGGUUUCCCAUUCUAAACCUACACACAUUGAAAAUGAACAAAUAAGAAGGCAAAAUAUUUAUUCCGCUAGUGAACUUCCCCUCCAAGGUGGUAGUAUUGUAGAACCCAGUCUAACUCCUCUGGACUUAUCCGAAAAACCUUAUAUAAACCACGUUAUUGCCCAUUGUUCCUCGCAAAUGCUUGAUACAAUAACACCUAUUGCAAAUAACACUAUCACUAAUACCCUUGAGACAUUAGACUUGUCACAGAAAGGGUUUUACAAAGGACAAGACUAUGGAAUACCAUACACUGAAGAAGUUGUAGAUCUUAGUGUAAAAGUUGUAAAACCACUGAAUAUUCCCUCUAGCUCCGCAGCUCCAGAAAACACAAACUGUGAUAGCUCUGACUUUGCAACAGAUCUAUCACUGAAACAUGGCGAUGAAAAUUGCCUCCCAACUGAUUUGUCACUAAAAGGAAAAUUUGUUUCGAACUGUAGCUAUAGAUCACAAAAUAGGAGUGAAACACAGCACAUAGAUGUGGUGAAUUCAGGUCCUCCUAGUGUGUGUCUGAACUUGACUGCUAAGUCGACAGAUGAAGACAUUCCUACUGAUUUGUCAAAACGGGCUAUUUCAAAAGUGGUUGAUUCACACUGUGUCUCAUCAAGUUAUAAGACGCCAUAUACAAAUGCAUCAAUGAGCAAUGUUACAGUUAAUUUAAAUACUCCAGAUCAUACAAAUGGACAAUGUUUUUAUAAGCAACAAGUUAGCAAUAAAUUGCAAGCUCUGUUAUCUUACAAAUCAAAUGAAUCAACCACUAUAAAUGACUUGAUUUCUAAUAAAAUAAAUCAACCAAAACCUGCAUCAGUAGAACCUCGGUAUGAUAAUGUGUAUGGUGCAAUCCAACAGAAAAGAAAUACAUAUUUAAAUGAAGAAUUAAGAUCUGAAAUUGGUUUAACAAUGGGGUUAUCUAAACCAAAUUCUUCAACAUAUACAGACCAAAAUCAAUAUGAAUCAAACCAACAGAUGCAUUUUUAUAACACUUCAAAAACAAUUGGUGAAGUGAACAUGCAGAAUAAUACUGUAAUUCAUGAUCUCAAAAAAACACAAGCAAUUGUUACAACCCCUUUGCAGCAAAGUAAACCAUCUCCAGCUGAUUAUUCAGUGACUAAAAAGAGAAUGGAAAGAUCUGUUUCUGUAAUUAAACAAGACACUUCAAAACUUGUGUGCACUGUCAAAAAUAAAUGCAGUCCCGUUUCAAAAGAAAGUUCUCAUUCAACAAAUAUAACGAAUGCCUUUUUGAGCUCAGCUAAUUUAACCAAUUGUAAUUUAAGUUCAGUCUAUACAUCAGCAGGAACAUCUAAAACUGGAACAUGUAAUUUUAUGCCAUACACACAAAAAGUACAUAAUUCUGCAACAAAUGCACGAAGAGAUAUUAUAGUCUUAGAAGAAAGGCAAUCUCAUGUCCCGUUAAGUACAAAUAAAUUAGCAGAAGUGGAAAGAGAUGAUAUUGUAAAAAUAAAAAAUAUUUGUAAUGAUCAUGAUGCUGAAACAGCUAAAAAGAUUGCAAUGUUACCUCAGGAAAUUGUUGAUAUAUUAGGAAACGUGCCUAAAGUCCAAUUUAACCAGUUAUUAAAUGUAUUACCAAACUACGUAUCAACAUCGACAACCUUAUCCUCUCCGAAAAAUCUGAAAGAAAAAGAUCAGAAUGGACCAGGUGUUGAUAUGUCUGACUACCCAAAACACUUACCUAAACAGACAUUGGAAUGCAACAAAACUCUAUUUGAUGGUGAAGAAAUUAUUAAGCCACCAGUUGAUGAUUAUAUGAAAUCAAGCCAACUCCUACAUGAAGGACGUACUCAUAGUGUUAAUAUUAGUAUUCCGACUAAAGAAAAUAUAGUUUCUGAUGUGACAAAAAUUACAAAACAUACUUCUUUGGACGGUACUAGUUUCUCUAGUGAUAUAAUUGAUUUGACUGAUGACUGUGUGGAUAUAUCAACAAAUCUGAAUUCAAUUGCUGUCUCUUCUAGUAACGAACAUAAAUUAACAAUUUCAAAACCUACUAGCCAGAAGACCAUUAAUGAAAAAACAGCCAGUCUUCGUGCGGUGCGCAUUAAAACACCAUCUGAACGUCAUAAAGAAAUUAUGAAGACAGAAAUAAAUAUUAAUAAAACUUUUCAAGAAAACAAUAAUGAUAUAAAACUUUUAAAUCUAGACAACCAAAGCAACCAAGCUAAAAAAGAGGAAGAAUGUGUUAACACUUCUAUUAUUGAAUCUCUAGCUGUCCCUGAAACUGACAAAGAAAAAUCUCGAGUCAAUCAAGAUAUAAAGAAAAAUACUGAUAUUGUAGCUAAAACAUCAAGCAAUCUUCAAAUAGAUCCUAUAACUACUCUCAGUACAUCAGCUGCUGUUGUGAAAAGCAGGGAAAACAAUGAUUACAAAACUUGUGAUGAGGAUCGACUUAUUUUGAAACCGUCGUCUUCUUUAUCUGGCCUUGUUUCUAAAGAUAAUAAUGAAGAUGAAGAUUCAGAAGAUGAUGUAUCUCUUGCCAUUAUUGUAAAGCAAAAACAAAGCGAUGAAAUAAAAACAAUUAAUAUAGUUAAUAAUAAUAACAUACAAGUUAAUGACCUGGUUGAUGAUAAUAAUGAAAAAAAUGAUAUGGUCGUACGAAAUAGUUCAAAAUCAAAUGUCAAAGAAACAGCUGACGCUGACAAUCUAUUACCUCAGAGUGUUUCAACUUUGACUGAAAAUAUUUCGAAGGAGAGCUUAUUCUCUAUUGAAGAUGGUGAUCCUAAAAAGUUGUCUUCUCAACAAAACCGCAACAAAAUGAUUAAGCAACAAAACAUAAGUCAUCGUAAUAAGAUUGUUGGUCCUAUUGAGCACAUGUCUGAAUUCGAAAAUGCUUCCAAAUAUAUUAAAGGCUGUUCUAUAGAAUUGCAGAGUGAACCAGAUAAACUGCAAAUCCAUAAUAUUGUAUCAAAUGAGGGCAUUAUCAGUAAGCAUGCGGUUGAUGAAAAUGAUUACAAUAGAGUUGAAAAGGCACAGUCAAAAAGCAACUUCAAAGUUAUCAACAACAAACAAGGCUGUGAUACUGUAAAUAAUGAACCAGAUAAACAGCACGCCUGUAAUACGGUAUCAAAUGAAGGUAUUAUCAUCAAGCAUGCAGUUGAUGUAAAUGAUUACAAUAUAGUUGAAAAGGACACAGUUCGCAACUACAAAGUUAAAGAAGGCCAGAGCCUUCUUAAGAAUGCAGUAAAAAAUGAUAAACAAGAAUGUAUAGGAAAAACAUACGAUAAAAUAGAAGCUGAAAUGAAACGUGACAAGUUUAACUCAAAACACGAAAACAGUGAAAACAUUAGUUCUGGUGCCGAUUUGUCAAUUGAAACAAAGAUGAAAAUCAACAUAAAUGAGACAAUUCCACAAUAUGCAAAAAACAUUGAAAAUGAAAUGAAUACUAAAAACUUAACUGUUGAAGUUGAAAAACCUGUAGCGUCAGAUAAUGUACAAGCGACCACAAGCAGUGAUUCGCAUUUUAAUCAAAAUAACAUGACUUCACAUGGGCAAAAUACCAAAGUAAUGCCACUUCGGCGAAGCCGCCGUGGUAAAUCUCUAUUUGUAGACAGCAGUGAAGUUAGUGCUGAUAUAAACAUUAAACUAGAUAAUGUGGAACGAACUCCCUUUACAAAAAAACAACUCAUAUUUUCAAAGCUGCUUUUAGAUGGCGAGACAAAGGAAACUAAACAACCAACAAAUGAUAUCGUUGCUGAAAUUACCAAUAGCCUAGAUAAUAAAAAUGAUAUUAUAUCAGGCGCAGAAAAAAGCAUUGCAGGAAAUAUAGAGGAAUAUCAAACACUCUCUAAAAAAUCACGCAAACGUAAGCAAUCUCCACAAAUUAUAAAGGAUGGUAAAAGAAAUAAAUCAGAUAGAAAACAAGUACCCGCGGAAUCCAUUAACAGUUCAAGCAUAACAAGUUCAGCUGUCAACGAAAAAGAGUCCACAGAACUUGUUGAAAGAGUGACAGAAAAUGUUGUGUAUGAAGUUCAAUGUAAACGUAUAAAUGAAGACCACGGAUUUCUAGAUAAAAGUAAUGAAUUUAAUGAACAGAGCAGUAAAAAGCUUAAAAACAUUAAUGAAUGUAAUGAACACCUUAAAGAGUUGGUAAAAGUGGACAAAUCUGUAGAAACUGAUUGCUUGGAAAAUGAUGCUAUAUUAUACAAAACUAAAACUAAAAAUACAGAUAGUGACAGUAAUCUCAAAAUCUGUCAACAAAACGACUCAGACAUCUCGACAUUGAGUGAGAAACGGAAGUCUAGUAACAAAAAUUAUAAGCACUUGUAUAAUAAUGAUGAAAAAAAUACAAUAUCUACAGCAGAUAAUCCCGAAAAGGUUGGAAGCAGUGAGUGCGAAGAAAUCAGCAGAUGUAGUAAAAUGCACAAUAAUAAUAAAAAUAAACAUGUUGUAUUAGAAGAGGAAAAUAUAAGUGAGGUUCUGACCCCUACACAAAACGAAUGCAAAAUAAGCACUGAAGUAGAAAAAAAUGUCCAUAACGUACAAUUUUGCGAACGUAUUCCACCCAAGAAUCUUACUUGUUAUAAUAAACCUGCGAUGCGCAAGGGUAGAUCCAAAUCGGUAUUUAUAAAGUCAUCAGAAUUCUAUGAUCCCUAUGAUAUUAAUUUAGAAGAUAUGGCAGAAAGUACAGUGCCAAGUAUGAAAAAAGGAUUUUCUAAAAAUUUUGGCACGAAAAAAGGUAAAAAAAAAUCUACUUCUGAGAAUGACAAUAUUCCGUCAACAAGCAAAUUAACGAAAUGCAACGACAAGAAAAUAAAUAUUAACAACCAAAGCUUACAAGUUGAAACUAUUAUCGAUACUAAAGGUACUAUUAGUGAUUCUGAUGACUCAUCAAAAAGUGACAUUCCAUUGAAAAAAAUUGUUGAGGAAAAGCAAAGAAAAUGCACUUCUAAAGAAAAUCAAGAUAAUAUUAAGAAAAAGGAUUAUGAUGUAAAGAAAAAACGCAAGGAUACCUUAUGCACCAAUUUAGAAAGAAAACGGAAUUCAUUAUUAGAAGAAAAUGAACGGUUACGAUCAGAAAAAUUUAUGGAGAGUUUUGGAUUUUUUUCGGAAAGAAAACCCCGAAAAUCAAAUUUGCUUGCAUCAAAGAAGAUAUCUGAAACCUUUCAUAACAUUGCAAGUGACAAUGAUGAGGGACAUUGUUCGCAGAAGAAUAAAUAUUUGAAAAAGUCAAUGCAGAAUGGCAGCAGUAGUAUGGCUGCAGGUAGAAAAGAUUUAAAACGUGGGAAACAAAAGAAAAAAUCCCCGGUAAUGUUGACAACUUACUGUGAAGAAUGUAGGAAAGACUUUGGUAGACCUGAUAAUUUUCUAAGACAUCAGAUGUUACUAGCACAUGCUCUAAAAAUAUCCGAACUUGAUUUAAACUUUAAAAUGAUGAUGACUCCUGAGUCUGUGCCAAACUUUUUGAUUGCCGUAAAACAACAAAUGCAAAUAUUAAAAAAAAUACAACGUAAAAUAAAAAAGAAAAAGAAAUAUUGCAAAAAUCUUGAGAGAAUACCGGUGCCAUCAUUAUAUAAAAUUAUCGUUGAUAUUACACAAAAAAUUAGACAAAGCCAACUAGCGCCAAGAGAGCUAAGUAGAGAUGAAGCUCUUUUUCUCGAUUGCUGUGAGCUUUUGAAUGGCAGCCAUAAAGAAGAUGGACAAAUAGCUGAUAGGUCAUCUGCUGUGAAUAGACAUUGUGUUGGAUCUGACCCUCAUUGCUGUUCAUGUAAUAAAAUAACAGCCGACUGUUUAGAUUUGUUUGAAAAACAAGUAAAUGAUUGCCUUCAAGGUAAAUUAGAUGAUGCUGACCUAGACUCCAUUGCAGCUCAAAAUAUUAUGGAAAGCGAGGAAGUGCGUAAUUUAGAGAACGACUUGAUUUCCGGUUUGAAAGAGGCAGCAUGUGCAAAUUAUCCAGGAACUAAAAUGGACUUUAGUAAAGCUUUAGAUUUAAAAUCGACUCAAAAUCAAUAUAACGUUGUUUACUCAAAAGAUAAAAUUAAUAAUCCUGAAUUUACUACUUCAUCAAUGAAAGUCCAUGAGGUAAAAGAAAAAAUGUAUCCGGAUGUUAUUGAAGACAUUGACAUGUUUGAAGAUAAAUUUGAUAAGAUCAAACGAAAGUGUAGAUCACAAGCUGCUGCAGUGAAACAGAAUCAGUAUGUAGCAGAUGUACCAAUAAGUUGCAAAAGCAAAAAGAAGUCUGAAAAGAGAAAAGGAAAGAAACAUUUAAAGAAAAGUUUACAAAUGCCAGUUCCUACAAAAGGAGCUCUCAAAGGUUACGAUGGUGUUAGAGUGUCUAUAUCGACGACGAAUAUAAAUAUAUCGUCUAUUAUACCCCCGAUUAUUACGAGUAAGAAGAAAAAGAAAAGAAGCAAUUCAAAACGUAAAAGGGAUAGAAAAUUAUCCCAAGCUAAAUAUGAUUUGGAUUCAAAGAAUAUUAAGAAUACAUCUCAGAAGAAAUUAGAUGUUUACGAAUUUAUGGAUAAUGAAGAUGUUGAAUUAUUUGAACUAAGACCAUCAACAUUAAUGGAACGAUUCAAAAAUAUUAGUAAAGAUAAGAAAAUUACAUCCAAAAGUGAAAUUCCUGUCGAGGAACCAGAGGAAUCCAGUGAAAGUGUAUCAGAUGGAGAUGAUUUCGUUUAUAUGUCUGACGACUAUGUGUGCAGUGAUGCCGAAACUGAAAAUAGCUUGAUGUCCUGUGAAUUAUCUAGUGCAAAACUAACGAAUGACACGAAAAAAACAAUUCCUUUUGUAAGACGAAAAGAAACAACUGAGAAGAAUGCGGUAAUGGGAAAAAUAUUUAAAAACAAUGCUGUUCGCAGUGAGAAAAGAGUUAGCAUAACAAAAGAAUCAGUUAAACCAAAAGCAAACCUAGAUCAACUGUUUGAUAGUCUCUUAGAGGAUGAGCCUAACUCUUCAACUCUUGCUAAUUGUUCACUUUCGCCGAAGAGUCAUAAUGAUGACCACAUCGUAAUAAGAAAACCAGAGGAUGACAUUAAAAAGCAAAGUGAUAUAGUGGAAACUUAUGACAAAGAAUACCUUGACAGAUCUAAAACAAAAAAGGACAGAAGCCCCUCACCAAUUCCCCUGCCCAUGACAGUGUAUAAAUCAAAAACAGGAACAUCUGUGAGCCCUAUGAGAAAAUUAAGCAUUUCACAUGAUGAAAGUGAUUAUUCUUCCCAUGCAGAACAUCGAAAACAUGCCAAUAAAAAGAAAAGUGACCACAACACAUCUAAAAGCAAAGAAGCAUUAAAUCAUUGUCAUUAUGAUUUAAAUAAAGAUCUCACAGCUAGAAGAAAGAGCAAGAAAUCCAAGCACAUCACCAUUUAUAAACAAACUAAUCUUGAACAUAAAUCAAAAAAGAAAUCAAAAGAGGAUUUAUCAUCAAAUUCAAACGAAAGUGAUUCUUCUGUUAAUAGAGAUGAUUCAUUGCUUGAUAAUAAUAAUUAUGAUGGGAUAUUUAUUAAACCGAAAUCUAGAGAAAAAGUUUUGUUGAAUCCACAUUUCAAAGACGAUAUUAAAUCAUCAUUCUGUAACAAAAAUAAGCAAAAAACGCAAUAUUUAAAAGAGAAAUAUCCAGAAGAAGGAAGUUUACCAAUACAUAAUAGUGAUGAUGGCAGUGCUAUUUCUACAACACCCUUAAAAAUUUCGAAAAACCACCACAAAUCUAGUAUCACUAAAGAUAGUGAUGAUAUUUUGAGUCAUCGAAAACGUAAAUCUUGUGAGGGAGAUUCUGUGAGGAUGGUCAAUAAACUAUCAAAGAAAGAUAUCAUAAAUGAUGAGAUAACCUCAGAUGAUGCAGAUAAACACAACAAACAUAAACUAAAAUCAUCAGAUGAGCCACAUGACUUUUAUUCGCGUAAGAGAAUGUCAAGAGAAUAUGAAUUUAAAUCAGAGGAUUCUUUAUUUGAUGAUGAUGAUGAAGAGCUUUAUACGAAACAUAAAAUGAAGGGAAACAAGAGUGGUUUUGAUUUGCUUUAUGAGGAUACUUACAAAAGAAAUAAAACAAAAGAAUCUAGGUCAAAGAUGCAGAGUAGUUACGAUGACUCGUUGCUUAAAGAAAGUUCUUUAUCACCCAAUGAAAGAGACUUUACUGUUAGAAAGCGAGACUUGAGAGAUAAGGAAUCAAGUGAAAAGAUAUUGUUGGACGAGGGUAUUGUGUACCGCAAGCCAAAAUCAAAAGAUGAUUUGAGAAGAAGUGAUGAAAUAAAACAAACUGGUUUUGAAUUUAAAGAAAGUAUGUUUGAUUCGACUGUCGAUGCUGGAGUCGCGACGCAACGAGCUCGAAGAAACUGUACACUAGGCAAACAGAACAUUUUAGCCGAGACUUGGAGCUCAGAAUCCGAACCAGACGGUAUUCCGCCACGACCGAGCAGUGCUGAAUCUACAUUCAUUGGACUAGGCAGAAAGAAGAAAGGUAGAAAAAAAGAUGGCUCCCACCGUAAAGGCAGUCGCCAGAAUUCAACAAAACGUAAUGAAACAGACAGCAGAAGUUAUCAUAGUCGUAGUGAGGGCAUCGUCCCCAUGACUAGGCCCAGUGCCAUAAGUGUGAAGCCAAAACCACGAGCGACCUCAAAUUACUGGUCUGAUGAUGAACAAGAACGUGUCGAGCAGCACGGCUGGAUCGUUGGCGAUAGUCAUAAGAAAUUAGUUACGAUGUUAGCUCACGCUAAGGGUAAGAGGAAUCAUGACGACAGACGUCAUUUCGUUGAUUAAGAUAGUCUUUAUAUAAUUGAAUCCAAUCCAAUUAAAUUGUAUAUAAGCUGUAAAUACAAAUUUAUUUCAUUACAAAGUGUCGGUUUUAUGACAUUUCGACCAGAUUUCUUAUGGUUCAAAUUUUAUAUUAUUUUAUAUAGUUUUGUAUAUAAUGUGUAUGAAUUAAUGAAUUGAUUUAUAUGAUUAUUUAGUUAAAAUUAUUAUGAGCCCAUGUGUUGUGAGGACUGGAUUUAUUUUAUGACAAUGCAUACACUGUCGCAGAAAAUUAGAUUUAUUAAUAUUUGAGUGUAAAAUUAUUGUUUUUAUUAUAUUAAUAUAUGUAUACUAUAUCUAAUUAUAUAAUAAUAUUAUGUAAUAGCCAGAGAUGUGAAUGUGCAUAAUCAAGUUAUUAGUAUGAGCUUCAUUGAAAUAUUGUUAACACCAAGAAGUUAGAAUGAAAAUUUUGCAGUUUCUUUUAACUAUUGUACAAAAUUAUUUUAUUCUAUUUUUGCAGCAAGUUCAAAAUUAAACUUGUGAUGAUUACUUGAUUCUGUAAUAUUUAACAUGCAUUUGUGCACUGUUGGAUGUUGUGUGUGUAUAUAAAAUAUUAAUAUAAAUUCUCAUUCAAGCAUAAUAGACUAAAAGAUUUUUACAACUAUUUGACAAAAUAUAUCUACUUUAGUAAGUUAAAUAUUAACAAUAUACAAACAAGUGAUUGCCAAUCUUUUUUGUUUUAUAAUUGAUGAUAAACAUUGUCUUUUAUGUUCGGUUUUGUUUGGAAGGGGCUGAUAUCUCGGAGUCUGCUUGUCCUGUCUGUCUACUUGUGUUACUUGAUUUGUUAACUAUUUUUAAACAUAAGAUAUUUUUUUGCUUAGUCAGUUUACAUGUGAAUUCACAAGAUUUAGUUGUUGUUAAAAUAUCUAGUCCAGCGUGUAAAAGUUAAACCAACUAUCAGCCUCGUUACUAAACGUAUUUGUGCAUUAGGAAUGUGACAUUCUGACUACUGAUUUAUCGAAAUUGAAAAAAAUUCAAUUAUCUUCGAUACCACGUGCAAUCAUAGACCGUUUUUGAGUAGGGAAUCUAAUAUGUUGCUAAUAAUUUAGCGUAUAACGUAAUCAUUUAUUAUUCGUAAUGUAGUAUAUUGAAAUAUGUGUUAGAAGAAUGGUAACAACUUCGAGAUUUAUGCAUAAAUAUAAUCAUUCUCGAGAGACGAUUGACGUAAGAGUAGUGAAACUUAUAUUCAUAUCAUUGAUCGUAAUUUCUGCGUGUUUCAAUGCUGAAUACCUACACGUACAUAUGUACUUCAUACAUAUGCACCUGUAUUGUAAAUGUUCUUAAAGUUAAUUUUGACACCUUAUCAUUGUACUACAUUUAGAUGAACCCUUGUAUGUCCACAAACAGAAUCCCUGAAUACCCUUUGUCGUCGCUAUAUUUACAUACUUUGCUGUCUUACUAUAUGUAUUUGAGUGUCAAGGUAUAAAUCAGUGUUUACUUCUAAGAUGAAUAAUUAUGGCUAUAUACUUUUUAAAUAUAUGUGGUAUCUAGAG